GAGGAGGAGCUUGGGUUGUGGAGGAGAGGAAACCGGGUAAGAUGCGUGAAGCAGUUGGCUAUACCAGGCACAGAGAGGACCCGCUGGGACCCAAGAGCCUGCAUGUGAAGCCAGGCCUUGGGCCACCUUGUCCAUCAAGGGGGUGCCUACUUCCAUGGUGUCUUCAAAGGGACUGUGGAAAGAGAGGCCAUCAGCCCACACCUCUGCAUGCUUUUCCACCACAGCAUGCCCUGUGGCCUUUAUCCUGCUGGUGUGGAACAGUCAGACCCCUGCUGGGCUGCAGAGCCUCUGUACUGAGUGGCAUCCCAGCCUGAGUGCCAGAGCUCAGAGGGCAGGCCCCCGAGCAAGCAGAGAGGAGGACACCUUUUGGGCAGAACGUGUGGGACAAGAGCGAUGGCUCAUCCGUUCAGGUUCCUCACAAAAUGAGAGUCAGGAAGAUCAGGGCGCCGGCCUGAUUUCCCAGGCAGGGCUGAAAGCAGACAACCGGAGGGAGAGCAGCCCCUGGGCCAAUGAGGUAGAAGACAGAAGACCACAGUGUACUCCUGCCCUCAACCUCACCCCCUCCCACCCACAUCCUCCACACUCCCUGUCCAUCUUCCUCAGAAGUGUAAUAGGAAUCCAGAUUCCCCCUGGCCUGGUUGCUGCAGGAGGCACAGUAGCCUGAUGGAGCCUGAGGCAGGUGUGGGAAGAUGUGGAUUGUCUAACUGGAGGUUGGGAGUCCAGGGUGUAGAAGCAGCUUGUAGUGCAGAAUUUGGUGGUAUGUGUGUGGCAGUAGGCAAAAGAAAGAGACA